AACGGAGGAGCUGCAAAAAUGGCUACUUCUAAGAAAAGCACACCGUGGUCGACCGAGGAGGUGAUGACGUUCCUUCAUCUCAUUGGGGAUGAUAAAAUCCAGCGGGAGCUCGACGGAACAACGAGAAAUGUAAAAGUGUUCCAGGAUGUCUCUGCACAGAUGUCCGAACGCGGGAGGGAGGGAGGCCUGGACUCUGCAACGGCUUUACUGGAGUCCCUGCAAGAUGAUUACAUUGGGACUCGUGAGGAGGAACAUUCCCGAACAACGGGCGAUGGCAGUGUUCCGUCCACAUCGUCAUUGCAUCCAGAACAGACCCCAGCCGAAGACCCUAACCCGACUCAACCACCAACACCGAGUGCCAUCACGACACCGCAGCGUGUGGUUCUAGGCAAGAGGAAACGAGGAGGAGAGUAUCAGGCGCAGCAGCAACGGCACCAUGAACAGCACAUGGCCCAGCAGGAACGGCACUUGGACUGGGCCAAAGCGUCUGCUGAGCGGAGAUGGGAGUUGGAUGCCGCCUUGAGAAGGGAGGAGGCCGCCUUGGCAAGGGAGGAGGCCGCCUUGAGAAGGGAGGAGGCCGGUCAAACAGAGACCUUCAACCUCGCCUUCCUGCGCACUCUUGGCGAGGUGCUAGGGGGACUGGGCAGCCGACGUGGCCCGUCUCCUCCUCGUCCAACAUAAAAUAACUAUGAUUAUCAUAUAUUAGAAAAUAAUGAAUAAUUUAGAACUGCGUUAGGCUACUAUUGUUUAUGCUGGACAAUAAAUGCUGUAGUGUUUUGUUAAGAGUUAUUAUAGUACAUUCAUGAUGAUACACUGGCUAUUUGUAAGAAUAAAUACCAAUAUCACAUCUUAUUACAAUUUUUAAAAACUAUUUUUCCUCACAAACAUUUGUCUGGGUUUUUGUCAUCUGCAUUUAAAUGUAGUGUUGUUUAUUAUAAGACAUGGGAAGAAUAUCUUUAAGAUUUUCACAUGACAUGUAUGUGUCGUCAUCUGAAGUCAAAUACCACUGUCAUUAUAAGUCUUUACUAAACAAAGGUUAUGCAAAGACAGCAUGUUACUCAACAAAAAAAGAUUGAUUGAGUUGAAUUG